AUGGGCGGGAACCAAGCCAUGCGAGACGUUGCCGACAUGUUGCCUGAGUUGCUAGAGCUGAACAAGGCGGCUGAAGCAGGUCCGUCACUGAGCACUAAGGAGAUCGAGAUUAGGUGCCAUGCAUACGAGAAAAAGAUGUUUGACCGCUCAUUUGCUUGGGUGGCUAAGAGCGGGGGCACAGCCCUGCCGACCGUCGACCUCGACGGGCUUCUAGGCAGGGUUAUAUCCCUCGUAGCAGGCUUGCUGCUGCCUGUAGCAACUAUCUUGUUCAAGGCAGUCAAAAGAUCUAAUGAAUAG